AGGGGCGGGCUGUCUCUGUACCGGUCACCGGGUUUGCAAGCAGCUGAAGGUCGCGCUGGUAGACAUGGCGGAUUUUGAUUCUGAAAUUGACCUGUCCGGUCUGGGUGGCAGCUCCACGGAUAAGGCCGAGCUGCAGAGGAUGCUGGCGGUGGAGCAGCAGAAGGCUCAGUUUACGGCUCAGGUGCACAACUUUAUGGAUGUCUGCUGGGAUAAAUGUAUGGACAAACCUGGAAACAAGCUGGACUCCAGAACAGAGAACUGCUUAGUUAAUUGCGUGGACCGAUUUAUUGACACAACCCUGUCCAUCACCAAUCGAUUCGCUCAGAUUGUUCAGAAAGGGACACACUGACCUCUCUUCCUUGAAGCUAUGGACUCAAAA